CUCUGCCCAGUAGUUCCCAAUUUUUCCAUCACAUGCCUUGCAUGUUACUUCCCAGCAAUACUGAAUUGACUUUCCUGCAGAUCAUAUAGUUUCAUGCCUUUGUGCCUUUGCACAAUACCAUUGCCUCCACCACCCGGCACACUGCUCCUGCCUGCCCUUCAAAACUCAGUAUAGGGGUCAUCUUUUCCCUUCAACUUUUAGUGCAUUUAUUGAGGAUCUACUAUGCUCCAGGCACUAUUCUGGGUGCUAGGGCCACAAAGGAGAACAAAACACAGUCCCUGACCUCACUUCAUGAAAUGUCCAUGUAAGUAAAGGGAAGCAGACAAAAUAGGAAACCAAAUACAUAGACACAGUAAUUCCUGAUACUAAGAAGAGGCUGGGGUGCCUUAAGUAAAUACACAUGGGCAUGCUGGCGUGAUGGGGUAGAGAUCUGAAGUAGUCCUGCGAAGAACUGGGUUUACUUCGUUGUGAAUGUUACUACUCUUACACAGAAACCUCAUAUGAAUUAUCCUCUGACUUAAGGAUGACAGUCAGUCUGGAAGACGUUUGGUGCUCAGAAUUUUGAUGUCAUACGACUAUCAACUUACAGAACAGCCUGCAAAUUACGAUUUGUACAAAAACGAUGCAACCUUCAUCUUGUUGAUAUCUGGAACAUGAUUGAAGCCUUCCGAGACAAUGGCCUUAAUACACUGGACCAUACCACCGAGAUCAGUGUGUCCCGCCUUGAAACUGUCAUCUCCUCCAUCUACUAUCAGUUGAACAAGCGCCUUCCUUCUACUCACCAAAUUAGUGUGGAACAAUCUAUCAGCCUCCUCCUCAACUUUAUGAUUGCUGCAUAUGACAGUGAGGGCCGAGGCAAGUUGACGGUAUUUUCAGUUAAAGCUAUGUUAGCAACCAUGUGUGGUGGAAAAAUGCUGGACAAAUUGAGAUAUGUUUUCUCCCAGAUGUCAGAUUCCAAUGGCUUAAUGAUAUUUAGCAAGUUUGACCAGUUUCUGAAGGAAGUUCUGAAGCUCCCAACAGCUGUCUUUGAAGGGCCAUCUUUUGGUUACACAGAGCACUCAGUCCGCACCUGUUUUCCACAGCAGAGAAAGAUAAUGCUAAAUAUGUUUUUAGACACGAUGAUGGCUGACCCUCCUCCCCAGUGCCUUGUCUGGCUACCUCUCAUGCACAGGCUUGCCCAUGUUGAGAAUGUCUUCCAUCCCGUGGAGUGCUCCUACUGCCGGUGUGAGAGUAUGAUGGGUUUCCGGUACCGAUGCCAGCAGUGCCACAACUAUCAGCUCUGCCAGAAUUGCUUUUGGCGUGGCCAUGCCGGUGGCCCUCACAGCAAUCAACACCAGAUGAAGGAGCAUUCCUCUUGGAAAUCUCCUGCAAAGAAGCUGAGCCAUGCAAUUAGUAAAUCUUUGGGGUGUGUACCCACCAGAGAACCCCCGCAUCCUGUUUUUCCUGAGCAACCAGAGAAACCACUUGACCUUGCACAUAUAGUUCCUCCUCGCCCUCUGACUAAUAUGAAUGACACCGUGGUUAGCCACAUGUCCUCUGGAGUGCCCACUCCCACCAAGAGGUUACAGUAUAGCCAGGAUAUACCCUGUCACUUGGCCGAUGAGCAUGCGCUGAUAGCCUCCUAUGUGGCCCGUCUGCAGCACUGUGCACGUGUUCUGGACAGUCCUAGCCGACUGGAUGAGGAACACCGUCUUAUAGCUCGAUAUGCUGCCCGGCUGGCUGCAGAAGCAGGAAACGUGACUCGUCCUCCCACUGACUUGAGCUUUAACUUUGAUGCCAACAAACAACAAAGACAGCUUAUUGCAGAACUGGAAAACAAAAACAGAGAGAUCCUGCAGGAGAUUCAGCGUCUCCGCCUGGAACACGAGCAGGCCUCCCAGCCCACCCCUGAGAAGGCACAGCAGAACCCCACGCUGCUGGCAGAGCUGCGGCUGCUGAGGCAAAGGAAGGAUGAACUGGAGCAGAGGAUGUCGGCCCUGCAAGAGAGCAGGCGGGAACUGAUGGUCCAGCUAGAAGAGUUGAUGAAGUUGCUGAAGGCUCAGGCCACAGGGUCACCACAUACAUCGCCCACCCAUGGAGGCGGCCGGCCGAUGCCCAUGCCAGUGCGCUCCACGUCUGCCGGCUCCACCCCCACCCACUGUCCGCAGGACUCACUGAGCGGAGUUGGGGGAGACGUGCAGGAGGCCUUUGCACAAGGUACGAGGAGAAACCUCCGCAAUGACCUGCUGGUGGCAGCUGACUCCAUCACCAACACCAUGUCAUCCCUGGUGAAGGAGCUCCAUUCAGGUUAGCAGAGGAGCCGGACACAGAGGAAGCUCAGGCACAGAGGACGAGGAGCAAGCUGGCGCCGACAUGGCGAAGGCAAGGUCUUCCCCCAGAGGCACAUUCCUCUCCAUCUUUCCACCGCACACCUGGACCAGGCUUGCAGGCUGCCAGACGUCACUCCACCCGCCAGGGAGAGGGGAGCCAGAGCCGGUGGGAAGCGGGGAGGGGCUGCGUGACACAGCUGGUGGGCCUCCCCCUGCACAGCCCUGCAUGUACUAGCACCUUCAUCACUCCCCUCAGGGCAUGGUCUCAUCUCCGCAUCAGGAAUUUACCUGGAGGUUGAAAAGAGAAAAGAAAAAGCACCAA